AUGACCGUAGCCAAAAUGCUCGGUCUCGCCUCUAUCGCUACACUCAUCGCGAGCACCAUUGCUGCACCUGCCUCAAGUUCUGUCGAGCCAGUCACUCGACAGGCAGUAGCUACCGACUACGCUACAUGUACAGUCGGACACAUCGGCAACACCAACCUUGCCGCGUAUGACGUUCACAUCGGACGUCCAUACAACGGUGGUGCUGGUUGCGGUUACAUCUACUACGCCCUCAGCCGCACUGUCACCAUCAACGACUACAAGUGCCUCGACGACGCAGCGCAUACCGGCACCGCACUUUACCUCACUACCGAAGACAACGCAGCCUCAAACGAUCAGAUCAUUUUCGGCCUUCAGAACGCAUAUCCCAUGAUCCCUUUCAAGGCCCAUCGCAUCUGCUUCAAGUUCUAUGACAAGCGAUCUGAGCAAGAGCCAAGCAAGCGAUCUACACCAGAACCCGAGAAUCCAUGGUGCAUUUGGGGAGGCAUGCAUUACCUCUCCGUCAACGACAUCACCACCGGCAACGACAUCUUCGAUGGCUCCAAGGACUUCUGCGCCGCUCACCACGGCGCCAUCCCGACCACUCACAGCAGCACCCAAGAGUACAAGAUCGCACCCGAUAGAAGCGUCUUGUUCUCCAUGAGUAACUUCUGCGAGGGUGUCGAGAUUACUGAGAAGGAGUGCAUGGACCACUUCUGGACAGCCGGCAACAGCUGCGUAGACGACAAGAUCUACUCAGAGGGCGUCCGCAUGUAUGGCGCGACCUUCAUGACCGAGUGCUACGGUUUCUCUGUCGUUCCGUUCUAUCCUGCCGGCAGAGUGGAGCCACUGCCGCUCUCCCAGUGCCACGCCAUCACAUGCGCUCCUGGCGCUGAGGGUGAUGCGACGUGCCGUAGCAGCGGCUGUGCGAAUGGAUGCAGUUCUGACAGUAAGUGCGUUGCCUGA